GAGUUCCAGUUGGCUUUCAUCCGCGUUGGCGAGACGUUGUGCCAUGUGUCCGAUUUCCACGGCUCUUUUUGUGAUUGCGGCCAUUCUGGCCUUGAUCUAUGUCUUUCUGACAUGGAACUUUAGCUACUGGAAGAAGAUGGGCAUUCCUACGGCCAAGUCAUGGCCCUUUGUGGGCAGUUUUCCCAGCGUUUUCACCCAGAAACGGAACGUGGUCUACGACAUCGAUGAGAUCUAUGAGCAGUACAAGAACACCGAUAGCAUUGUGGGAGUGUUCCAAACCAGAAUUCCACAACUAAUGGUCACAACGCCGGAAUAUGCGCACAAGAUAUUUGUUAGUGACUUCCGCAGCUUCCACGACAAUGAGAUGGCUAAGUUUACCGACAGCAAGAAGGAUCCCAUUCUGGCGAACAAUCCAUUUAUAUUGACCGGUGAGGCCUGGAAGGAAAGACGCGCCGAAGUUACACCCGGACUUUCGGCAAAUCGGGUCAAAGCUGCCUAUCCCGUCUCGCUGCGCGUUUGUAAAAGGUUCGUGGAAUAUAUAAGGCGACAGAGCCUGAUGGCCCCCGCCCAAGGACUAAAUGCGAAGGAUCUCUGCUUGUGCUACACCACCGAAGUGAUUUCCGAUUGUGUCCUGGGCAUUUCCGCCCAGAGUUUCACGGAAAAUCCCACACCCAUGGUGGGAAUGACCAAGCGCGUCUUCGAACAAUCUUUCGGCUUCAUCUUCUACACGGUGGUCGCCAAUCUAUGGCCACCAAUUACGAAAUUCUACACCGUUUCCCUGUUCGCCAAGGACGUGGCUGCCUUCUUCCAUGACAUCAUGCGGAAGUGCAUCCAAGUGCGACAGGAAAGUCCGGCGGCACAGCAGCGAGAUGAUUUCCUCAACUACAUGUUGCAGUUGCAGGAGAAAAAGGGACUGAAUGUGGCGGAGUUGACCUCGCACACAAUGACAUUUUUGACGGACGGUUUCGAGACCACCGCGCAAGUGCUUACCCACACACUCCUUUUCCUUGCCCGCAAUGCCGAAGAGCAGCAAAAGUUGAGGGAGGAGGUCGGUACCGCCGAGCUGACCUUUGAACAGAUAAGUGAGCUGCCCUUCACCGAAGCCUGCAUCCAUGAAACCUUGCGAAUUUUCUCACCUCUUCUGGCUGCCCGCAAGGUGGUAACUGAACCCUACGAACUGACGAACAAAAACGGAGUGAGCGUGAAACUAAGACCCGGGGAUGUAGUCAUCAUUCCUGUGAACGCCUUGCACAACGAUCCCCAAUACCACGAGGAACCUCAAUCCUUUAAGCCCGAGCGAUUCCUGAACAUCAAUGGCGGAGCCAAGAAGUACAGAGAUCAGGGUCUAUACUUCGGUUUUGGCGAUGGACCACGUAUUUGUCCCGGCAUGCGGUUUUCACUUACCCAAAUCAAAGCUGCCCUGGUGGAAAUCGUGCGAAACUUUGACGUCAAGGUUAAUCCCAAAACGCGCAAGGAUAAUGAAAUUGAUGAUACCUACUUUAUGCCUGCCUUAAAAGGCGGCGUUUGGCUGGAUUUUGUUGAACGGAAAUAGUCACUCAACAACGUUACGAUUUUAUAUUAAAUAUAGUUUGACCAGUUGCAUACAUGUUAUA